CCUAACCAGUUCCUUCACCGUCUCCUUCGUCCUCUCAAUCUGACUCGCCGCUGCCUCCUCGAUCUCCUCCUCUUCUUUCGGCCACUUUUCACUAUUUAGAGGAGAUGGAAAUGGCCGAGGGAUCUCGCAGAUCCCUCCUCCCGAGCUUCCUCUACUCGCCUUCUUCCGCCUCCUGCAACCCUGCCAUUGAUCGUAUCCUGGGGAGGAGCCUGCCCUCACCUGCUGCUGCGGCGGAGGCAAAUGGCGCCUCGGCAGCCCCGUUCGUUGUCGCCCAGGCGCCUAAGGAGUCCGGGAAGAUUGAGAUGUAUUCUCCGGCGUUCUACGCCGCCUGCACCGCUGGCGGCAUUGCCAGUUGUGGGCUCACCCAUACGGCUGUCACGCCGCUUGAUCUCGUCAAGUGCAACAUGCAGAUCGAUCCAGCCAAGUACAAAAGUAUCUCUUCAGGAUUUGGGGUGUUGCUCAAGGAACAAGGGGCCAGGGGUUUCUUCAAGGGCUGGGUUCCUACCCUGCUUGGAUACAGCGCCCAAGGAGCAUGCAAGUUUGGCUUUUACGAAUUCUUCAAGAAAUAUUAUUCAGAUCUCGCCGGCCCGGAGUUUUCAUCCAAAUAUAAAACUUUGAUUUAUCUCGCUGGGUCUGCUUCUGCCGAAGUUAUUGCUGACAUAGCUCUCUGUCCCUUCGAGGCUGUGAAGGUGCGGGUCCAGACUCAGCCUGGUUUUGCUAGGGGGUUGAGUGAUGGCUUACCAAAAUUUGUCAAAUCGGAAGGUGUUGGGGGACUUUACAAAGGAAUAGUUCCACUUUGGGGUCGUCAAAUUCCGUAUACUAUGAUGAAAUUUGCAUCAUUUGAGACUGUGGUCGAGAUGGUCUACAAGUAUGCAAUUCCUGUUCCUAAAGAUCAGUGUAGCAAACCACUUCAGUUGGGUGUGAGUUUUGCCGGUGGAUAUAUCGCUGGAAUUUUCUGUGCUGUAGUUUCUCAUCCAGCAGACAACCUUGUCUCUUUUCUUAACAAUGCCAAGGGUGCCACAGUUGGUGACGCUGUUCAAAAGCUCGGUGUGUGGGGUUUAUUCACCCGUGGCCUUCCGCUACGUAUUGUCAUGAUCGGUACCCUAACUGGCGCACAAUGGGGAAUUUAUGAUGCAUUCAAGGUCAUGGUUGGCCUUCCUACUACUGGUGGUGUUGCUCCUGCUCCUGCAGCCGAGGUACCUAAGCUGGGAGCUGCUGCUUGAUUAUUUAUAAAGAACAUUAACGUAAGACUUUUUAGAAUUAUAGGCUCGUUUGAUGAGCAAGUGUUGAAUGCUUCCCGAGCAACACAUUGGUUUUGACUUAGUUUUUGAGGACGGCCUUGUUUCCAUCCUCCAUUGAUGCUGUUUCGGGGAAACAUUGCUUCUUUAGCACUUAACAGACACGAGUUCCUGUGGAAUUAGCAGGAAGAGUUUGCAUUUUUCAUUCUAUAUUAUUAUUUUAAUUUUGGUUAAGCAUUAAAA